AUGGAGGGCUGGCUGAAGCCGGCCCUAGAUGAGCUGAUUCAGCAGCAUCAGCACUCUCUGCAAAGCAUCGAAGCUCUGAAAGAGGAGCAUCGAUUCUGGCAGCUUGACGGCAAAGGGAGAGAUGAUGUUGCUUCCUUGCUGACGCGGCUGGAUAAUCUUGGUGCCCUGGAGCCAAAGCUGCCAAAGUUGCCGCCGAAGCCAAGUGGGCAGCCCAGACCCACGAAACCGGAGCCUGCAGAUGGAGAUCUGUGCGACAUUUUCCUCGAGGACAUUGAUCGAGUGGAUACUGCCUCACACGAAUCAAGGGUUUUCCAGGAGGUCGAAUUCAACGACAACAACGCGGAAACGAUUGAUGGUGGUCCGGUGCCAGUGCAGCCCGAGAUCUCUGUUCGCAAGAUUCGCAUCUCCACCGUGCAGAACUUCAGGGCAUCUCCUGGGCCCCUGCGAAAGGUGAUCAACGAAGUCUUUGAGGAUGCGAUACAGGCGGCGGAGGAGCAUGCUCAUGAUCAAGAGGAGCACGGAUCAGCCUGGCCGUGUCGUCUGUCAGAGCAGAUCGUGGCAAACAGGUGGUUUGAGAUGGGGACGGGCGCAAUCAUCUUUAUCAACCUGUUGACGAUCGGACUCGAGGCCCAGCUAUCGCUGUCUCAAGAUGCAGCAUCUCUUAUCAUCUUGGACACCAUGGAGAGAAUUUUCCUCGCGAUCUACUCGCUGGAGCUCCUGGUGCGGUUCCUGGCAGGAGGCUGUGCAGUUUUCUGCAAUGUUUGGUUUCUUCUGGACUUCUUUCUGGUGACAGUGGGUGUGCUGGCAGUUUUGCUGAAACUGCUUGGACCAAAUUCUCCACUGAGCGUGGAUGGAUUCGAGAAGAUUCUUAUAGUUCGUGGUCUCCGUCUCCUCCGACUGGUUCGUGCCCUGCGCAUGUUCGAGCACUUCAAAGUGGUAUGGCACUUGGUAUAUGCGCUGCUGUCGGCUGGGCGAACAGUGAUGUCCGCAACAGCCUUGAUAUCCUUCACCCUCUACAUCUUUGCCUGUGUUGCAGUGGAAAUCAUCACCAAGGAUGAGAACAUCUUGGCCGAUCCCGAGACAAGUGAGAUUGUGCGAGUUUACUUCAACAGUCUGCCCAGAGCAAGCCUGACGUUGAUGCAGUUUGUGACCUUGGAUUCUAUUGCAGCCGUGUACUCGCCUUUGAUCAUGAAGAAGCCUUACUUGGCAGUCUAUUUCGCGUCCAUCCUGAUCUUUGUGUCAAUCGGGCUGAUGAAUCUCAUUACGGCCGUCAUCAUUGAAGGAGCCAUGGAAUCCUCUGCAGAAAAGCGAGAAGAGGAGAGGAUGGAGGUGAAGGAGAAGAUUCGGGAGUCUCUGCCAAUGCUCCUGGACACCUUCAUCACUUUGGAUAUAGACCGCAGCGGCCGUAUCACGCGAGAGGAGCUGCAAAACAAUGCUUUGCAGCUGCUGCCGCCAUCGUUGCUGGAUAAGCUGCCUAUCGAUGACGUGUUUGACCUCUUCGACAUCUUGGAUGUGGAUGAAAACAACUACCUGACGCAGGCGGAGUUCGUUGAAGGUUUGCUGAACAUCGCUCUUCUGGACACGCCCCUGUGGAACAUCCAAGCCUUGAAGCUGCUGAGGCGAAUAGCGCAUCUCACAUCCCAAAUCCACACAUCGCAAAUCCACCAGACGCAAAGCUCGGAGACCUCAAGUUUGGGGGUGCCUGACGUUUUCUCAAACCGUCCAAGCACAGCGCGACUUUGA